AUGCCCUUUACCAGCUUCAUGUCUCCAGAUCAGGAAGGGGCCAAGAUGGCGCCCAAACAGAAGGAACAGGUCCUCAUGUGCUUUGGCAAGCGCGUGGCUUCUCAGCUACAUCGAAGAGAAGGCGGCCAGCAUUUGAUGACUGAUCAGAACGCGAUUGGUUGUCAUGGUUUCUGGAACAUGGGCCAGGCUGCGCUGAUGCUGGAUCGCAUUGUAAAGCUUUGGCGUCCACCGACUUGCCAGCUUGCAAGCAUGGAGCUUGAAAUGAAGGUGAAGAUCAUGGAAUUGAUUGCAAGCAUGAACUCCCGCCUCUUUGAUGCUCUUCCUGCGUUAUUGACUGAGGAAAUCUCAGCAAGCCCAGACUUCGAUGGCAAAGCAUUGGAAGCAUCGUCACUGGGCGUGAGUCUCGUCCGUGGCAUGUGGCAAACCAUUACAAGCAGCUUUUCGGCCUUGAAGGGUCAAUACACUCGCUUGGGCCAGCUUCUUGGCAACACUGUGGUGAAAUGGACAGUUUGUCCAUUGAAAAACAUUUCCGAAGCACAAGAGCUUGACAAGUUAGACUCCGCAUUGGGCACAGAAGAUGACCUUGCUCGCUAUUACGCAGAGAUUGCAUAUGCGAAAUGGACAGGGAAGACUAAUCUUCUGCCUGGAGAAGAGUGUAUAGAUGAAGAGUCGUUGCGAAGUUCCAUGGCGCACUGUAGGGUUUGUACGCUAGGCACUUUGCAGCAAGACAUGCCAGAGCCAUACAAGGACGAGAAGUUCAUUUGCCCCGUGAGGCCUUUUCUUCCCGCAAAACAGCAGCUUGAAAUCUUUGAAAAGAAGAAUGGCUGGUGUCCGCUGCGAAUGAACUCCAAGCAGAUGGAAGCAGCCAAAUGGUUCUAUCGUGGUCGCACACCUCAGAAGACUCAACACGACAUGAUGGAGAACAAGCCGCAGGGGGACUUCCAAGCAAUCAAGCUGGUUGAUUUUAAGAGUCGACAAGACUCGGACUUUCAUAUGUGGCGCAGCUUUGCGACUGUUUCUCUCCAAUGUACCAGAGAAGAGAGUGAGGAGACUCCAAGGUGGUGCAAAGAUCCCGAGGUCCACUACUCUUCUGGCUCUGUGAAUUCUUUUGUGGACUCGAUGGGUCGUGUAGGGCGCGGUGCACGACGCCUGGUGAUGCGUGGAAUGCACAAGGCGGGAAUGGCAGAGGAGCCCAAAACAAACAAUGCACCAGGGAAGGCUUUCACGCAAUGGCUUUACCAGCGCGGGAAGCACGCUGAAGCCUGGCUCAAGGGCACUAGCAGCGAAUGGUUUGGUAAAGCAGCAGACCGCUAUGAGAAACUGCGUACGAAAUCCUUUCACACUUCAGAAGCUGCUGAGCUGCUCCACAGUAUGUCAUUUCAAAGGGAAUUGGAGAGCACAGGAGCAGAUUCAAAGCAGAAGCAACGAUACGAACGCUUCGCCGUUAUUGCGCCGUGCAAAAGCAUGGACCCAGAGACUGAGUUCGAUCUGAAAUACGAAAGCGCAGAGGAUGCACUUCAGUUGGCAAGAAAGGUGCACCAAAAGUUUGAUGCUUCCAUUUUCAAGUCCAAAGCCUUUGCAGUGCAGCUCAUGGGUGCAUCAAUUCUGAAGAUGAAUGGCGAUCAAUCAGCUUGGGAAGCUUUGCUGAACACUAAAGCUGAAUGCUCAAACGACUGGGUUGUGACCAAGAAUGCAAUGAUUGGAGAAUUAGCUGGCAGCAUCUCUGCACAUGGAGGAGAAUCUGUACGCUCUUCUGACCUCACUGGUUUCGAGGCUGCUCGGAGUUGCAUUGUGAACGCUAGAUGGGACUGGCGGACAUAG